CAAGAGCACAAGAGCAUAUACCCACCGUCCACAAUGUCCCAAAAGCUCAGGAUUCUCACCCCCGUCAAGCGCGUCCUCGACUAUGCCUUGAAGCCCCGCGUCAACAAGACACAGACCGCCGUCGACAUCGCCGGCAUGAAGCAGUCACUAAACCCCUUCGACGAAAUUGCCGUCGAGGAGGCUAUCCGUCUCCGCGAGAAGCACAAGGAUCGUGUUGAGGAUAUCCUCGCCGCCUCCAUCGGGCCUGUAAAGGCACAGGACUGUCUCCGUACCGCAAUGGCCAUGGGCGCUGACCGCUCCGCACACAUCGAGGUUCCCGAGAGUGAGGCACCAGAACCCCUCGCCGUCGCUAAGAUUUUGAAGGCGCUUGUGGAGAAGGAGGGAAGCAAUGUUGUCAUCCUCGGAAAGCAGGCUAUCGAUGAUGAUUCACAGCAGACCGGACAGAUGUUGGCGGGUUUGUUGGGCUGGAGUCAGGCUACUUGUGCGGCGGAGGUUAAGGUGGAGGGUGAUGAGAUUCUUGUGACGAGGGAGGUGGAUGGUGGCACGGAGACUGUCAAAGCUCAGCUUCCUAUCAUUAUCACCACUGAUUUGAGAUUAAACGAGCCCCGUUUCGCUACCCUUCCCAACAUCAUGAAGGCAAAGAAGAAGCCAAUGCAGAAGCUCAAGCCAUCGGAUCUCAACGUGGAGUACAAGAAGUCGUUCGAGUUGUUGAAGGUCCAGGAGCCACCAACACGCCAGGGUGGAGCAAAGGUCGGUAGCGUGGACGAGGUCGUUGCCAAGUUGAAGGAGGCUGGUGUUAUUUAAGAUGGAGGAGUGCAGAGUACGAUAUUGUGGAUGUGAAUGAGAUACCAAAUUAUGCAUUAGAUAUCCUGUGUGCUAGUUACUACAUAUGCAUCAAGGCUGAUCACCCCUCC